UAUUUGUUAUUUUCUUAGGCAAGCGUGCAUGCAGUGAAGUGCUGCUCAGCAGCAGGUAAAGCCAAAGGAAUUAGCUUCAAUGUUCUUGCUCUGCUUACUAUCGGGUGAAAGAAACUAUCAGGAUGGCUUCUACAGCUAAAAGAAAUUCUGCAGUGAGAACUCCAAAUACAUUUUGCCCUGAAGGUGGAGUGUGCAAGCACGGAUUCCUCAUCAAAUCACCACCUCUUCAACUUUUCAGCUCACAGAAUUCCUGGAAAAGGCGUUUUUUCAUCUUGUCCAAAACCAGCAAGGGCAAUUACAUCCUCAAGUAUCUGAAAGGCCAGAACAUAAAAGGCUCCAUAGAUGUUGAUCAAAUCAUAAAUAUUGAAGUUGGCAUCAGCAAACCCAAAAUGAUGGAGAUGGUGAGGAAGAUGUUUAAAUGCCUUCCUGAGCAGGUGAUGUCCAUCAGCACUGGAAACAGGUGUUACUACCUCAUUGGGAGCAGCAGGCAGGAAACAGAGGACUGGGUCACUGUGAUAUCUUCAGUCUGCAAGGAGGCCAAAAGUGGUGGAUGCUGCCCUCAGAACCAAGGUCUUCCAAAUUCAGAAGUCAGAAGCCGGCCUUCCUCUUUGCCACUGUUCUUAAAUUCUAUCGAUACGACCAGUUUCCUAGAAAGGCAGAGCUACCAGAAGGAGAAUGGUUCCUCAGAAGACAAGAACAGGCCUAACUCAGAUCCUGGCCCUCAUCAGGCUCAGUGUGACUCAGCAAGAGGAAUUUUUCCAAGUCUGGAUAAAACUCUGGGAACGUGUGAGGAAAAUCUGCUGUCGUCAGAUACAGAUGAAGACAUCAAACUGGAUGAAGAAGAUUAUUACCAAAGUCCCCGCAAUAUUUUAGCCCAGUGGACUACUGAGGUAUCAAAUCCUGACCCUACAGCUGGAUUUGAUGUGCAAGAGAAAGCAGUGCAGAUGAACCCAGUACAGGAGAACAUUUAUAUGCCAAUGAAAUCACUUAGGUUGCUGGAUGAGAGCUGCCAGCUUACAUGCAGACGUGAUAGGCUCCCAUCUCUUCCCAAACGCCAGCACGACAGCACGUGUCCAGGAGACUUGGAAGCAAACAGAGACCUACAAUUCCCAGAAAACAGCACCAGCCAGCAGCCAACCCUCCAGAGAAGGCAAAAUUCAUCACCACUGUCAGUGGUUCAGUUGUCUAUACUGCUCAGUCAAAUUAAAGAUGAGACCCAGCUGCAGAAGUUGGAUGUUUUCGUCCCCCUGGCUGAUAUUGACAGUUACCUAAAGCUUACCGAAGCAGCAGGACAAAUAUGUGUCUCCCAGUGGACUGGUCCUCACCAAGUGGGUUGCUUGUUUAACCACGGAGACCAUAUAGUGGCUGUGAAUGAUCUGCAACCCCGGAACGUGGAGGAGGCUUACUUCUUCAUCAGCAGGUCCACAAGAAAGGAGGUGAAACUUACUGUUUGUAGGAUUCCACAUUCAGAUAUCUUCCAUGUUAAAGACUGCUCAUGUUCCUGAAAAAAGACCUCAAUGAUUAAUGGUGUUCAAAGGCCUGAAUUCUGCAUAAAGACAGAGGGAAACCCCAGUUCUGGAGCUACAGAGGCUGAAAAUGGAAGAAAAGACAUUCCCUGGAAGCUCUUCUCCAAAGCUGCUGUGGGAUUCCAUCACUCUGCACCAUCUCUUUGAGCACAACAAAUCCAUUUCUGGCUAAGGAGUCUCUGAGGGAUGGGAUGCCUGGCUGUCACCAUACAGGGCUUCUUCCAGCUCUGUAACUGUGUCAUUCUGCCAGGAUAGACUCUAGACCCGAAUCCUGAAAUCACAGAUCAUCUAGUUCAAGAAUA